AUGGCACCCAAAUCUGCCCAGGAGAAGCAGGCGGACGAGAACGUGAUCGCUUCGCCUCCACCUAUCGAAGUGAACAGCGACACCCCCGGAGUUGCUAUCGAAGAUCUCAAAGGCGUGGAUCCCUCGGACGAUAUAGGUCGUCAGUACUAUCUGCAGAACAAGGAUGAAGAGAUCUCCGACGAGGAGAAGAAGCGGGUUCGCAGAAAGAUCGACCUCUAUCUUCUACCGAUGAUGAUGGUUACCGGGUUCCUACAGUAUCUCGACAAGUCCACCAUUAACUACUCUGCCAAUUAUGGCUUGAGUGAGAGCCUCAAUAUGCAGGGAACCGAUUAUUCUUGGGCCAGCUCCAUCUUCUUCUUCGGGUUCUUGUUCUGGCAGUAUCCUUCUCUACUCCUUCUCCAGAGAUUUCCCCUCGGCAAAUACUUUGCUUCGCAGGUGAUGGGAUGGGGUGUUUUAACGUUCCUGAUGGCCGCCUCGUCGAACUUUGGAGGUUUUGCUGCAUUGCGCUUCUUACUCGGUGCUGCGGAAUCUAUUCAGCUUGCAGCCUUCUUCAUCAUCACCAACAUGUGGUACACGCGCGACGAGCAGCCUAUCCGCCUUAUGGCGUGGUAUGGAAUGAGCCCCAUUGCCAUCAUCGUCGGCUCUUUGUUUGCGUAUGGUAUAGGCCAUAUCGACUCCAAGAUUGGGCUUUGGAGGUUUCCUUUCAUCAUCUGCGGUGCCGUCUCGGUCGUAUGGGCUGUGGUUCUCUGGUUCGCUCUGCCCUCUAAUCCCGCUAGCGCCUGGUUUCUUGAAGAACGCGAGCGUAUUGUAGCCCUUCGCAGAAUGGAGGACGCGAAGACCGGCGUGGAGUCGAAGAAGUUCAAGAUGGAUCAGGCCAUCGAAGCUUUUCGGGAUCCUAAGGUCUGGUUGGCUGGCCUUUCCACAGGAUCGGGAAACAUUCUUAACGGCAUCGGUCUGUUCCAAAGUCUCGUUAUCAGAGGUUUCGGCUUCACACCUCUGCAAACCGCCCUCCUGCAGGUUCCCACCGGUGUCAUCGAGAUUAUCGGCCUCAUUGUAUUCUGCACUCUCGCCUCACGCGUCCGAAAUUCCAGGCUAGCAUUUGCUAGUUUGGCCAACGCCUUGGCCAUUGUCGGUGCUUCCAUGCUAUACGGGUUCGACGUGGACCAACGCUGGCGCUUGAUGGCUGGGUAUGUGACAUUCUGGGCCAUGAUGGCUUUUAUACCGUGUAGCUUCCUGCUGGGGAUGGGCACUAUCUCGGGAAAUAUCGCCGGCCACACCAAGAAAGUAACAGCUCAAGCUAUCAUGUUCACUUGUUACUGUUGUGGAUGCAUCGUUGGUCCGCAGCUAUACACGACUCCUCCCUACAGGCAAGGUCUCAGGGCCAACAUCGUCUCUUUGGCUGUCAGCUUGUUUGCUGGCAUCUCUAACAUCGCAUACAUGCACUACGAGAACCGUAAGCGUCGGGCGUUCCUGGAAGAGCACAGGCAUCUGCUCAACGAAGAUGACUAUUAUUUCCGUGAUCUUACGGACAAGCAAAACCCCUUCAUCUUGAACGUGCUCUAG